GCUCACCAGCAAGGAGGACAUCGAGUACAUCCGUGAGGCGCUGACGGUGGGCCGGGGGGAGGACGAGGCGCGGCGCCACCUGCUGGACCAGAUUGAGAUCUGCAGAGAGAAAGCCAAUCAUCUGUCACCAAGUGUGUAAUCCAGCUAAUCCUGAGUGGCCCCGCCCCCAAAUCCUGAGUGGCCCCGCCCCCAACACUGACGCUGAAGGACCAUGGCUCUCCGCAGAUCGUCCUCCUCCACCUGGACAGAGUCGCGAGGAACUGGACGAGGUCUGAUCCGGGUGGCCACGGCUCUCAGCGAGUCCUCCUCCAUCCACAGCGACGCCCUGUACCACCUGACCAGGGACGUGUCCGUCAUGGGUCUGGACCCUCUGACCUCCAGCAUCCACAAAGAGCAAGUCUGGAACGAGGAGGCCCAGAGUCUUCUGAAGGUGGUGAGUCCGGUAUGGAGCCCCAAAGACAGCGGCGAGGGCCUCCACUUCUCCGACGGCCGCCGGAAAGUCGACUACGUUCUGGUGUUCCAUCAGCGGAGACACAUCUCCAUGCGCUCCCCCGCCAGCACCUCGGUUUCCCACGACCGACUGUCCAUCGUCUCCAACGGCAACUUCCCGCCGUCGCUGGGCUCGGAGGGGAAAGGAGGCGGCGGGGAGUCUGUGAGCAUCGGCGAGGUGUUUAUGGAGCUGGACAGUGGAGGAGGCGACGAGGCGGCCGAGCCUGCCGACCACGACAUGCAUCUCAUCCGGCAAGAGUUUGAGGCCAACCUGCUGGAGGCCGGCCUGGAGAUAGAAAGAGACCGAGAGGUGAAGGCCCACGGCCUGAGCUUCACUCGUCUUCACGCUCCUUGGCCCGUGCUGUGCAGGGAGGCGGAGUUCCUCAAAAUCAAAGUCCCCACCAAGACGCGCUACGAGCUGAAGGAGGAAGGUGCGUUCAGUAGCAGCGUGAGCAGCCUGUGGAGGAAACUGAAGCAGCCUUUCCAGCCCAAAGUGCCGCAUCAGGACCACGGAGCCACAAAGUUCCUCACACACUGCUUCUCCAGGGACAAGCUCCACCUGUACAACAUCACAUCCAAAGACACGUUCUUCGACAACGCCACAAGGGGUCGGAUCGUGUAUGAGAUCCUGAGAAGGACCAUCUGCGCGCGGAGCUGUCAAACAAUCGGUGUCACCACCUUGAUCGCCAAGGGGGUCUACGACGCUGCCUUCCCCUUGCAUGAUGGGGAUUACAACGCCAGCGGACACCCUGAAGAGAGGAAUGACCGGCAGGUUCUACACGAGGAGUGGGCCCGGUACUCCGCCUUCUACAAGUACCAGCCUAUUGAUCUGGUCAGGAAGUACUUUGGAGAGAAGAUUGGCUUGUACUUUGCCUGGCUUGGUGUUUACACUCAGCUGCUGGUGCCAGCCUCCAUCGUGGGCAUCAUCGUGUUUGGCUACGGGGUGGCAACAGUGGACACCAACAUCCCCAGCCUGGAGAUGUGUGACGAGCGUUUCAACUUCACCAUGUGUCCUCUGUGCGACGGAGCCUGCGACUUCUGGCAGCUCAGCACCGCCUGCGGCACCGCCAGGGCCUCGCACCUGUUCGACAACCCCGCCACCGUCUUCUUCGCUAUCUUCAUGUCUCUGUGGGCCGUCUUGUUCCUGGAGCACUGGAAGCGCCGUCAGAUCAGCUUGAGCUUCAGCUGGGACCUGACCGGCAUCGAGGAGGACGAGGAACACCCCAGGCCGAAGUAUGAAACUGUCCUACUCCAGAAGAGACAGCGCAAGCAGCAGCAGAAGAAGAAGAAGAAGAAGAAAAAGAAUCAGCCCGUGAAGCAGGAGGAUGGCACAGUGACAGGGAAGGACAGGUGGAGGAGACAACUUCUUUCAGCCGUGGCUGCAGGAAGACCGGCGGCCAUUGACAAGUUAACCUGGAAGGACCGUCUUACUGGAUAUUGUAUCAAUGUUUCCUCCAUCCUUUUCAUGUUCGGCUUGACCUUCUCUGCAGUUUUCGGCGUCAUCGUGUACCGCAUCACCGUAUCGGCCCUGAUGGCCAUGAGUCCAGACCCGGAGACCAAGUCCAACGUGCGCGUGACGGUGACAGCCACCGCCGUCAUCAUCAACCUGGUGGUCAUCCUGAUCUUGGACGAGAUCUACGGCCUGGUGGCGGUGUGGCUGACCGAGCUCGAGAUUCCUAAAACCGAGACCAACUUUGAGGAGCGUCUGGUCCUGAAGGCCUUCUUGCUGAAGUUCAUGAACGCCUACGCGCCCAUCUUCUACGUGGCGUUCUUCAAGGGGAGGUUCGCAGGCCGACCUGGACGUUACGUGUACGUCUUUAACGACUACCGCAUGGAGGAGUGUGCGCCUGGAGGCUGCCUCAUCGAGCUGUGCAUCCAGCUCAGUAUCAUCAUGCUGGGCAAGCAGCUCAUCCAGAACAACAUCUUUGAGAUCGGCAUCCCGAAGCUGAAGAAGUUGGUGCGCACGCUGAAGGACAAGGGAGGAGCUGAGAAGGAGGCGGAGGAGGAGAGGCCGCCACAACAGUGGAACCUGGAUUACGCCCUGGCCCCCUUCGAGGGCCUCACGCCUGAAUACAUGGAGAUGAUUAUCCAGUUUGGCUUCGUGUCUCUCUUCGUGGCGUCCUUCCCGCUCGCUCCUCUCUUCGCUCUGCUCAACAACGUCAUCGAGAUCCGCCUGGAUGCCAAGAAGUUUGUGACGGAGCUCCGCAGGCCGGUGGCUGCACGCGCCAAAGACAUCGGUAUCUGGUACAACAUCCUGAGUGGCAUGGGGAAGUUCUCAGUCAUAAUAAAUGCCUUUGUGAUCUCCUUCACGUCGGACUUCAUCCCUCGCCUGGUCUACCAGUACAUGUACAGUCACACGGGCACCAUGCAUGGCUUCAUCGACCACACCCUCUCCUACUUCAACGUGUCCAACUUUAAACCCGGCACGGCGCCACACAACUCUCAUCACGGAGACGUCACCGUCUGCAGGUACAAAGACUACAGAGAGCCUCCCUGGUCUGCAGACGCGUACCAGUUCUCCAAACAGUACUGGUGUGUCCUGGCAGCCAGACUGGCCUUUGUCAUCCUAUUUCAGAACCUGGUGAUGUUCCUCAGCCUGCUGGUGGCCUGGGUGAUCCCGGACAUCCCUAAAACCAUCGUGGAGCAGCUGAAGCGCGAGAAGAAGCUGCUGGUGGACGUCUUCUUGCGAGAGGAGAAGGACAAGUUCCAUCUCAUCCAGAGCCUCUUCGCCAAGGACGCCCCCUUCCCCCUCCCGGGCCGCUACAGCACCCUGCCCCAGUGCCCCACUCAGUCCCUGGCCGGGGACUCGGGAGCAGGGGGGCCCCGGGCCAGGUGCAGGGCGGCCAGUUUCGGCUCGUCCAGCAGGAAUGAGAACUCCAGACACACGGCCGUGUGAGCUUCGAACCUGGAACGCUCUUCACCUGACCUUGUCUUCUUCUCACCCUCCUUUCUUUCCACUUCAACGUGAGGCUCACAGCUUCAUAGCGUAGACCAGCAAUAAUCCUCAACACCCGGUCCUGGACCCCCCCGGACUCUGUCUGGGGGGGCCGACAUGAGUGUAGGUCGUACCUUCUGGGGACACAAACUUGACCAUGCUCCUUGUGGUUCUGUUUGCCUCGUUCCUGUGAGAAUCCUGCGUGCAUUACGGAGCGGGACUGUCCAGGGCUAGCUGCAGUUUGCUCAAAUGACCACCAGGUAGCGUAUGUGAGCAGAUAAUACCGUAUCAUCCCUUUCUCCGUCUGACUUAGCAGGUCUUCACGUGGAGGGAACGCCAUCCUUCUGUAAGUGAGGGACUCAUCCAGACUUUGUCUACUAGGUUUGUAGCAUUUAGUCAUCGUUAGUGGAAGAGCUUCCUGAAACUAUUUAUUCUCUGUACGCCUUCCUCCAUCCAGGGGUGUCCAAAGUCCGUCUCCUGCCAACCUGUCUCUUUCAAACAAAAUCACUGAUGAGAUAUCACACAAAUAUGUUGAUGUUUUCUUCAGGUAGCUUAGUUUAUAUUCACCGACACUGGAUUACUUUGCCAUUCCUCCUUUUUGAAACAGUAUUGUCACAAACUGUCAUACCAGGUACAGUCCUGGUCAAAAGUGUACGUACACUAGUAAAGAACAUCAUGUCAUGGCUGUCUUGACUUUACAAUCAUUUCUUAUUUUUUUGUGAUGUAGUGAUUGGAGCACAUGUUGCUCACAAAAAAACAUUC